AUGGCUCCAUCUGGCUCAAUUGUCACAUCCUUUGCUUCCGUGUCUUCCAGCACCACUACCUCUUCCUUCAAGAGUCAAUGUCUCGAACCGGCGCGCCUUAUCAUUGACUGUCCCUUUCCGGGUUGCUCGGAGAAAAUCGACGGUCACCACGAAGCGUUGUGUCAAGCGCACCUGCGGACCCUCACAAAAUCCAGCGGCAGCCGAGAUGCUGCUUCAACGAAUGGCGCACGUGCGCCAUCAGGGCCGGCACCUAGCCCUAACCCGUCUCACCAGCCGCGUGAUUGUGAUUCGACCGGUCUCUCGCAAUCCUCACCAUUCUCCCAAGGCGUUGCAACGUCAAAGCACAAGAAGCUGCUGUUGCUACGAAAUCCCAUCGUGAUGCGUAAAACUGCCAGUGUCGAGAAUGUGAAAGCGCCGCCCUUCAUCCCCCAGCAACCCGCACCGAAGCCUAGCACGCCACCAUCCCGCGGGGAGUCCACCCUAUCACCGCCCUCGCCAGAACCCGUGGCACCCAAUUUGUCUGUUCGGUCACCGCCCGCCAGCCCGGGACCUUCGCAAGAUGGCGAGUCCCCGAGGAAAAGGCAACGGUUAUCUCCUUCCACAGGGCAUUCACCAGUAUCGCAGAUGAAUGGGAGGGCGACGUCUAGGCCGUCGACAGCCGGGGCCGAACCAGAGGAGAAGGCGGACGGACCCUCCGUCCCGCAACCUCAGCGCCGAGCAUCCGUCAAUUCCUCUCAACGGCUAAGCAAAUCCCCAGAGAAAGUAGCCAGGCCGACUGUGAAACUGGCUUCCAAGAAUGCUGUGAGGAGAAUGCCAUCACAGCUGUCUACUCUACGCUUCAUCGAUAGCCCCCAAGACCCCGUCUCGAGUGAGCCCUCCGAUCUACUAGGUCCAUAUGUAAACGGUUCUGCCGAAAGCAUCCUAAGGACGAAUCGCAGAGAGAAAUUAUCGACUUUCUCACUUAAUGAAGGCGUCAAAGAUUAUUGGAUGGGAAAGAUUAACAGCUCAAUUCCAUCAGGAGUCCAAGCUGAAGUCCUUUCUGGCUCGCCACAUCACACGCAGAGGAUAUCUGAUCCCCUGAACGGGCAAACAAAAGGUCCAUCCCCCGAAAAGAGGAGAGAAUCACAAACCACAUACCAGACUAUCCAGUUCCCAUCUCCAGCACCCCUUCCCACCAAAAGGCGACGGCCACCCCCAACACCAAAGGUAGUGGACGCCUCCAUCUUUGACGCCUUGAUCUACUCCCAACCCUUGGCCUCAACGCCUCCUCCGGGACUGCAAAUUGACAGUACUGGCAUCCCUGGACAACCGCCUAUACCUACAGCGACGGAAACAACAGAAGCAGCAGCGACAGCAUCAAAUGAUACCACAAAAGCAGAAAAACUGCCCCCCGACGAACCUGUCUUUGCUGGGAUCGACCCCCGCAUCCACUGGCCUCAGUCCCACUCACCCGCCUGGCUGGCUGCCAAACAAGCCGAGAUCGAGGCCCGCGGGGGGAGAAAGGCCAACUUUGGACGAGCGGCACACAGCUUGCGGGCGCAGCUACGGCGGGCGGAAAGAGCGGAAGCGGCUGCCGCGUUCGAGGAUACCCUGCCCGAAAAGAUGGCCGAGAAUCCGGCCUGGGUCAGGGUGCUGAAGCGGUUGAAGGGGGCUAACGGGAAUCAUGGGAAUGGACAUGGGGAGGAUGAUGCGGUGGAGAAUGGGGUUGUCAAUGGGACUGGUGGUGGUGGUGGUGGUGGGCAUGCCAGUGGGAGCGGCGGCGAGGGGGUGAGCGGGGCGACGGCCCCAAAUCCAAGAAGGGGGCGUGGAGGGAAGAUAGGUGUUCGGUCAUGA